CUCACAGCCCCAGCGAGGAGGAGCUCCCGGGGAGAGGGUGGAACAGAAGCACCGCUGGGAGCUCUUUCUGCCCGUGCGACUGGUUUGCAUCGAUGCCUGUGACUCUGGCUGUGCUCUUAUUUGUGUCUCCCCAACUGUUAGUUUUUCUUGUGUGUUUUCCCCUUUGGGUCUCUAGAGACCAUGUGUCCUAGUUCAUGGGAGUCAGAACAGAGAGCGUUAGUGGGGAAGCAGGUUGGAGGCAUUGGCCACAGCUCCCGCUCAGUGCGGGGAGGGUCGUGAUCCAUCUGAGCAAAGACAGCUCCACUGCAGGAACUUCUGGUCGUGGUGGGGACGGAGGCAGGAAUGUGGGUCAGAGCCUCCGCUUGAGGCCCUGUCCUCUGUCUGGGCUCUGACUCCCGCAGCCGCUGGGUGGGAUUUUAGGGUUUGUGUGCGCAAGCAGAAAGGCUGUGAGAAGCUCAGAGCUGAGGCUUCUGUCUUUUGAGCACCUUGGUUUGUCCAAACACCCCUUGUGCCCCCCCUUGCCACUGCAGAUUACUUCUCUUCUGCUCAUUGACGUCUAGUGGGCAUACAAGGCUGGGGCUUGGUAACCCAAGAGUUUAAAGCUGGAGGUAAGGGAUCUGGGGCUUAGCUUAGCAGAGAGGGCUCUGCUGAGGCCCGUACAGCCGUUGGGGCCGAUGGUAACGGGAGACAGGUGUUGGCACGCGUACUAACAGCAAUCUGGAGUGGCCCAACGGUUUCCGUAGUGUCUGCUGAACUCGGUGUGCUGACCUCUUGGAACAGAAAGUUCUGGUGUUGGGCUCAGCAGAGCAAUGCAUGGCCCCCAGAAGUUCAUCAGCUGCCCUAGGUCUGUAUUUUGGCUGGUUGCAGCGGUCCUCAGAAGUAGGUGUUCACCUCCCGCAGAAGGACUUAGGAUCUGUAGGAUCAGCCUGCCAGACUGAUGGUUGUGGCGUCUCACUGCCGGGCCAGAUAACCUCUCCCCAAAGUGGGGAUCAGGCCAGGCUGAACAGGGUUAUUGCUCCCUCUAUCACCCCUAGUCUCAAGGCUCCCCUGGCCAUCCAGGGGCUUUUGAAUGAGCUAGAAGAAGACUGCUUCUUGGUUUGGGGACUGGUUUUCCAGCGAGGAGAGCUGUCAUUUCCCAGAUGUUCUAGUUUGGGUGGUACAGGCUCUGUGUAGCUUUCCUGAGGCGGGGCAAACGGCAGAGCCUAGAAGCCUGCGCCGUCAGGAGCGGGAAGGAAGGAGCUGCAGGCCCAGAAGCUGCGUCUGGCCUACACAAGGAGCUCCCACUACGGCGGUUCUCUGCCUAACGUCAACCAGAUUGGCUGUGGGCUGGCUGAAUUCCAGAGCCCCCUCCACUCGCCUCUGGAUUCGUCUCGGGGCACUCGGCACCACGGGCUGGUGGAACGAGUGCAGCGAGACCCCCGAAGAAUGGUGUCCCCGCUCCGCCGCUACCCCCGCCACGUCGACAGCUCUCCCUAUGGUCCUGCCUACUUGUCUCCUCCCCCGGAGUCUAGCUGGCGGAGGGCAGUACCCUGGGGCAGUUUCCCUGCGGAGAAGGGCCAGAUGUUUCGACUACCGUCUGUGCUGAACAGGACGAGUUCUGACUCUGCCCUUCACACCAGUGUGAUGAACCCCAGCCCUCAGGACACUUAUCCAGGCCCUGCCCCUCCCAGCAUCCUGCCCAGCCGCCGUGGAGGUUUUCUGGAUGGUGAAGUGGAUUCCAAAGUCCCUGCUAUUGAGGAGAACGUGCUGGAUGACAAGCAUUUGCUGAAGCCAUGGGAUGCUAAGAAGCUGUCCUCAUCCUCUUCCCGACCUCGGUCCUGUGAAGUCCCUGGAAUUAACAUUUUCCCAUCUCCUGACCAGCCUGCCAGCGUGCCUGUCCUCCCACCUGCCAUGAACACGGGCGGCUCCCUACCCGACCUCACCAACCUGCACUUCCCCCCGCCACUGCCCACUCCCCUGGACCCGGAGGAGAUGGCCUACCCCAGCCUGAGCGGGGGCAACAGUACCUCCAAUCUGACCCACACCAUGACCCACCUCGGCAUCAGCGGGGGCCUGGGCCCUGGCGCGGGCUACGAUGCGCCAGGACUCCAGUCCCCUCUCAGCCACCCGUCCUUGCAGUCCUCCCUGAGCAAUCCCAACCUCCAGGCCUCCCUGAGCGGCCCCCAGCCCCAGCUCCAGGGCUCCCACAGCCACCCCUCCCUGCCGGCGUCCUCCCUGGCCCGCCAUGCACUGCCCGUCACCUCCCUGGGCCACCCCUCGCUCAGUGCCCCGGCCCUGUCCUCCUCCAAUUCCUCCUCUGCUUCAUCUCCCGCACUGGGUGCCCCCACUUACCCACCUUCGACCCCCGGAACCUCCCCCCGCCACCGUCGUGUGCCCCUCAGCCCCCUGAGUUUGCCCGCGGGCCCAGCUGAAGCCAGAAGGUCCCAACAGCAGCUGCCCAAACAGUUUUCGCCAACAAUGUCACCCACCUUGUCCUCCAUCACUCAGGGUGUCCCCUUGGAUACCAGCAAACUGCCCACUGACCAGCGGCUGCCUCCAUAUCCAUACAGCCCCCCCAGUUUGCUUCUGCCCAGCCAGCCAGCCACCCCAAAGUCUCUGCAGCAGCCCGGGCUGACCUCCCAGGCCUGCUCCAUGCAGCCCUCUGGGGGACAGCCCCCGGGCCAGCCACUGCACUUUGGGUCACUGUACCCGCCCAGCUCCGGUGGGCAAGGGCAGCAGUCUUACCACCGGCCAGUGAGUGACUUCGGCGUGGGGAGUCCGGCUCUGCGCAGCGUGCUUGCUGACGACAGCCACCCUGACGCCUUCUCUCCCGGGCAUGCCCACGCUCUGUCCCGGCAGCUGGAGCAGUUCACCAUGGAGAGCCCGUCAGCCAGCCUGGCGCUGGAUCCCCCUGGCUUUUCUGAAGGACCUGGAUUUUUAGGGGGCGAGGGGCCAGUGAGUAGCCUCCAGGACCCCCAUGCCCUCAACCACCAGAACUUGACACACUGUUCCCGCCAUGCCUCAGGGCCCAACGUCCUCCUCCCAGGGGAGUCCUCCCCAGGUUUCUCCAAGGAGAUCGCGGCGGCCCUGGCCGGAGUGCCUGGCUUUGAGGUGUCAGCUGCUGGGCUGGGGCUGGGGCUAGAGGAGGACCUGCGCAUGGAACCGCUGGGCCUGGAAGGGCUCCACAUGCUGAGCGACCCCUGUGCACUGCUGCCUGACCCUGCUGUGGAGGACUCAUUCCGCAGCGACCGGCUGCAGUGAGGGCCUUGGCGGAGCCCCUCUUCGUGACCGUGCCCCAUCACUGUCCCUUUCCUCCCUUCCCCCUGGCCAGUAGAGACUCCACUCUGCCCCCAGAUCCUCUUUCUCACAUGAACGAGGGAUCCUAGGAAUGAGAAAAAGUGAGGGGUUUGUCCAGGUGGCCCCUGAAUUCUGCACAAGGGGCGGGCCUGGGGGAGCUGCAGGGAGGGCCUGAAGCACUUGUAACUUUGAACCUGAACCGUCUGUCUGGAGGUCAGAGCCUGUUGGAAGGCAGGGGGGGAAGAGGGGGGACCCUGAGGCCUUGGGGUGGGCAGUGCCGGCCCCUCCUCACAACUCUUCCCCCUUGCAGUGGAGGAGAGAGCCAGAGUGGAUAUUAUUUUUUAUUAAAUAUAUUAUAUGUUAAUAAAAAAAUCAUAU